CGAACUUCGCUCCUUUCGAAUCAUCACGAUUUUCAUCCCGCUGCGGAUCAGAACGGUGUCGUUGGAGCAAAAGUCGGCGGAGGCACGGUGGAGAGGCCACAACACCCCGGGAUCGGUCGGGCAUGAAAUAUUACUUUCAUUGCCAAUAACGCGCAACUGUAAUAUAUCACUUUGCGCCUGUCACUUAUCGAUCAACAUGUCGAAAUGUCAAUCGCCGCGCGCGGUUGUCAUUGCCGCGAGACGGAACAGAUUGUCGUCCGAAGGUUCCAAAAGGAGAUUAGAUAUUCGGAGAGAUUAUAGUUAAGAGAAAACGGAAAAGUCACGCGCACGCACAUCGCACAUGGCGCUUUAAAACAUCGAAUCAGGGCGACGCAGGACGAAACCCAGGAAGCGGAUUAUUUGAUCGCGCCUCUAAUUCAAGACGAGAAGGAUAGAAUGGCGACGCGAUUCCAGAUAACGGUACCCGAUCUCCUGCUGCAUUCCCUGUCGCGAGUCCAGUCGCAUGGCAGGCAGGAGGUCUUCGCGAUCCGCUCGACUACGCUUCGCCACCGCUUCCGGUCGGCUCCGCUUCCGGCCGGUCUGCCACCGCGGGCAACCAGGAGUUGCCGCAUGCGCGCUAGUGAGGAUCGGGAUGCUCGCCAAGCGAGUUCGACAGUUUGACCCCCGGGAAUCGAGCAUAUAUAGUUUGUUAGUUCGGCACGUACGCGAGUUCAUACGAGCCUCCAGACACUGGGUAUAACGGAAGGAGAGAGCACGGAGGAGCCACGCGAGUCUCAGUUUUCAAAUACGCAACAUUCGCUAUACACGAUGAAGCGUCGCUGCUAAUAACUGGACAAUUGCGAUAUAAUAUAACGAAAUAAGAAGAGGAGCUAAUUAAAAUCAAAUAUUGCGAAGCUGCACACUCCCCGUCUCUCGCACUUGUACAUCCAGUAUCGCCGGAGAGAUGCACGCCACGCGAAGAGCAUUACGAAGAUUCGCGAGGUCGUUGAACCACCGCGACGACUUCAACAUCUCGUUCACCACGCGCGGAGCGAUCGUUGGAUCCGAUCCGCGGCUCUUGAUGCUGAGCGAGAACGAUGGUGCUCCUCCUCCUCCUCCUCCUCCUUCGUGGAACGUCGCCGGUCAAGGCUUGAUAAGAAACUCCGCGUUAUCGCGAACGUUCGCGCGAGAUUUCGGCACUUUGGCGAGGAGGAAGGAGCCACCCGAGCCGCAAGGUCUCCCCUUUCUCGGCACGAUGUUAUCCCUGCUAAUGGCCGGUGGCGCGAAAAAGCUGAACGAAUACGUGGACAAGAGGCACCGAGAACUUGGACCGGUCUACAGGGAACAGAUUGGACCGUUGCGGGCCGUUUUCGUUAAUUCGCCUAAUGAAUAUCGUAAGAUAUUAGUCGAUCUCGCAGGAUCCACGCCGGAGCACUUCUUGCCGGAAGCCUGGAUGCUGUACAAUGAAAUCCGAGCGCAGGACCGCGGUCUGCUCUUCAUGGACGGGGAAGAGUGGUGGCACCAUCGUAAAAUCCUCAAUAAAGUGAUGUUGAAGCCUGAUCCAAAGGCUUUUUUGUGCACGCCUUGCCAGGAAGUCGCCGAAAAUCUAACGAGAAAAUGGAAAACGUACAGUCAGGCGGGUCGUAUAAUACCAAACUUGGAGCAUGAGCUGUAUCAGUGGUCUAUCGAGGUGAUGCUGGCGGUUAUGAUAGGUUCGCAAUGGCGGGAUUGCGAGCCGCGGUUACGUUCUGAGAUAGAGUACGUGGCGACAAUGGUACACAAGAUUUUUGUGUAUUCCGCAAGUCUCUCGAUGAUAUCGGCCAGAAUGGCGAUGAAGUUCAAAUUGCCAGUGUGGACCAAGUUCGUUAAUACUGUCGAUACGGUGCUGAACAGGGUGCGCAAUUUAGUGCCGGAAAUAAUCCAGUUUAGCGAUGACGGUCUUCUGCAGAUGAUGAUAAAUAACGGUAUUCGCGACGAUAAAACCAGCAGAAUCGUCACCGAUUUCAUCACAGCUGCCGGCGACACAACAUCAGUUACCAUGCAAUGGACAUUGCUGUUGCUCAGUAGUCAUCCCGAGCUACAGGAUAAAUUAUUUCAUGACAUCAAGGACUUGCCACUGGAGGAACUUCUGCAGCAUCAGCUGUUGAGGAGCACCUGGAGGGAAGCCCUGAGGUUGUAUCCCGUCGCGCCAUUCCUUACGAGAUAUUUACCAGUGGAUGCUACAAUUGGCGAUUAUUUUGUGCCAAAAGGGGAAUUAAUUAUCUUAUCGCUUUACUCAAGCGCCCGGGAUGAGAACAAUUUUCCACGACCUAACGAAUUCUGGCCAGAAAGGUGGAUCAAAACGGGGGAGGAUUCACUCCACUAUCAGGGAGUGAAAGACGCGCGUGCCAGUAUCCCAUUCGCGGUAGGCUUGAGAAACUGCAUCGGCCGCAGACUCGCGGAAACGCAAUUGUCACUUACGUUGGCGCAGAUCAUUAAAAACUUCAAGAUUGAGUGCGAGAAUCAGGACAGGAUCAAGAUGAUUUUGCAUUUGAUCUCCGUGCCAUCGGAGCCGGUCAAGCUGAAGCUGAUUGAUAGAAAAGUAUGAUGAGGACGUUAAACAGAUUACGGAAAAACGAUCAAUGGCAAUUUUAUUAAUGACGCGAUGCACGAAAUGAAAUUGUAUAUAUAAUUUAUUAUAGUUGCAGAACGCGUAGAUGUACGCGCUACAACAUACACCGAGUGUUCCGUAGGGAUUUUUGUAUAAACCGGUACUAUCGUAUUCUUUAUUAAAAAAAUACGCGUCUUUUGAAUGCGUAUAUUCACGCGUUCAAAAACAUACACAGAGUGUUCCAUAGAGAUAAGGUAUUCUGUGUACAUUCGUGUAUUGGUGUACUAUCGUACUAUCUUUAUCAAAAAAAAUCACGUAUCUUUUUCCUGUAGUAGAAUUUUUCCGAGAAUGCAUCGUUAUCGAGAUAUCUCAUUUUUAGAAGCUGCAGUAUUUAUUACUUCUUGAUUCUUCGUGUAAAAAAUUUGGUAAUUCUGUUUUAAUUAAUAUUAGCUUAAUUAAGUCUGUUAUUUAUAUAUUGCUUGAUACAAACUAAUAUCUUCGAGAUAUUUCAUAAACAGAAUUUAUUGUAUAUUUUUAAAUACGAAAAAAACAUUAAUACAUGGAAGAUGAUGAUUUUAUAAGUAAUUCUACGUUAUCUGUAUUAUGUACAAAUACUUGAAAUAUGCUUGGAACAUGUUAGAAUAUGUACAGAAUUAAUAUAUUGUAUAUAACGGGAGGUAUUUUUAACGAUAAUUACAAGCAAAUAUAUCAUGCAAAAUGUCUCUGAAAAA